AUGAAACAAGAUUAUGUUAUUUGUGACUCGUGUCAAUCACUCAUUUCUUACAAAGCACAAACUGGUACUGGUGGUAUGCAAAAGCAUAUAGAAUGUUGUCGUAAAAUUUCUAAUGUACUUGAUGAACACAAUGAAAGUACAAUAACAAAAUAUUUUCAUUCAACAAAAAAUAAAUCGAAUUAUGUUCCACUUAAAUUAAAGAAUAAAAUUACAAAUUCAUUAGUAGAGUUCAUUAUUCUUGAUGGUAGACCAUUUGAGAUUGUAAAUGGUUCAGGUUUUAUAAAUCUUAUCGAAUGUGUACUUGGUGUGGGUCGUACUCUACUUGAAUCAUCAACUGUUAGUGCAUCCGAUGUAAUUGCUGAUCCGACAACAUUAAGUCGAAAUAUAGAUCGAAUUUAUGAUGAACGUAAAUGUCAAUUAAUAAGUUUAUUUCAAACCAUUAAAUCAUUUGUUAUAACGGUGGAUUUUUGGAAAGAGUAUUUUACAGGUGUUCAUUAUGCUGGUAUAUCGUUUCAUCAUGUUAAUACACAAUUUAAACUUAAUACAUUUAUACUUUGUUGUCGAGCUUAUGAACUGGAAAAUCAAACAAGUCCGAAUAUUCGAAGAUUCGUUAAUUCUAUUCUUGAUGAAUUUGGUUUAUCAUUUGAUACAUCAUCAUCAUAUGUUGUUUCAGACAAUGAAAAUAAAAUGCGUUGCGCAUUUGCUGAUUUAAAACGCGUAGUUAUUGAGAAACUUAGUGAUGAACAACGUCCAACAAUUCAUCUUGUUGUACCUCUUCGUCAGUAUCUUAUCAAUUGUUGUGUCGUUCAUGAUGAUGAUGAAGGUGGUCUGAUUUCGAUAAAGAAAUUCAUAGAUGAUCAAAUAAAGACCAUGUGGAUACCUCAAGAUGAACAUUUACUAGCCACCAUCCUUCAUCCACAACUCAAACAUUUUGAUAAAAAUCCAUCUGAUAAAAGUAGAGCAAUGCAAGUACUUCAAAAAGAAAUUCACAAACGUACAACAGCAAAUCAAUCAUCAUCUUCAUUUGAUUCAUCUUCUACACCAAUUACGAUGUCUGUUCUGGCAUCAUCAUCAGAAAAGAAAACAACAGAAAUACGAAAAAAAAAUCUUUUAUCCUUAUGUUUUGAUGAUCCUCGAUCACCAACAUCUACUGUUGAUGAAUUUGCUUCAUGGAUGUCUUCAACUUUAGCAUUAGAUGAUGAAGAAAAUGAUGAUAUCUUGGGAUUUUGGUCAUAUCAUAUUCAAUCUUUUCCUAUCAUUUCAACUAUCGUACGUGACAUUUUUGCUAUUCCUGCAUCAAACACGACAGUCGAGAGAUUGUUUUCCAUUUCUAAAUAUACUAUAACAGAUAAACGAACAAGAUUAGGAAUAGAAAAGAUUAAUAAAUUAAUGUUUUUAAGAAAAAACCUUAAUAUUCUUAAAGCUAUAUUUGAUAACCAAACGGGUGACAAUAAACAAAAUCAAGAGAAACGAAAAAAUGAUCAAUCAUUAAAUAAAUCAUCUGAUGAAAAUAUUAAAAAACAAAAAGUAGAUGAAAAUAAUGAUAUACUUAUUGAAGAAAAAGAAAAUAUGUUUUAG